AUGACUUCUAUCGGUACAGGUUACGAUUUAUCAAAUAGUGUUUUUUCACCAGAUGGAAGAAAUUUUCAAGUAGAAUAUGCCAUGAAAGCUGUUGAAAAUGGUGGUACAUCUAUCGGAAUUAAAUGUAAAGAUGGUAUAGUAUUAGCGGUUGAAAAGAUCAUAAAUUCCAAAUUGUUGGUUCCAGGAAAGAAUAAGAGAAUCCAGACAAUUGAUAGACAUAUUGGUGUUGCAUAUUCAGGACUUUUGCCUGAUGGACGUCAUUUUGUAAAUAGAGGUAGGGAUGAAGCACAAAAUUUCAAGAACAUAUACAAGACUCCAAUUUCUGUUCCACACUUGAUGGAUCGUUUGGGAAUCUAUAUCCAGAAUUACACUUGUUACAACUCCGUUAGACCAUUCGGAAUUGUGUCUAUUGUUGGGGGUGUUGACGAGAACGGACCACAUUUAUAUAUGAUUGAACCAAGUGGGACAUGCUGGGGUUACACGGGUGCUGCCACCGGUAAGGGGAGACAAACUGCCAAGUCCGAGCUAGAAAAAUUGAACUUCGAAGAGUUGACAGUUAAGGAAGCUGUGAAAGUUGCUGCCAAAAUUAUCCACCAAGCUCACGAAGAUAACAAAGACAAAGAUUAUGAAUUAGAAAUUUCAUGGUGUUCAAAAGAGGAGACCUCAUGCAGACAUGAAUCUGUUCCUGAUGCGUUAUUACAAGAAGCCAUCAAGUUAGCUCAAGAAGAGGAUGAAGAAGAAGAAGAUGAUGAUGAAGAAGACGCAGAAAUGGAAAGCUAG